AUGGCGCUGACUGCCAGACUGCAUGACGAUGUGAAGAGUGCAGGCGAACUGCCAGAAAAUCUUUCAGAGGCAGAUCGAGCAGCCUCGAAAGACUGCGAGAAGCGGCUCUACGAUGAUCGGCCCAAUCGAACGGAGGAGCAGGAGCCGGAAGAGGUCGAUGACUCUGACGAAGCCAUCGCCACUGGCCUGCAGUUUUGCAGGGUCGGCCGUAGCGUAGGUAAGUCAGCCACAGGAACUUACAUGCGCUUAGAGCAUCCGGUAUGUUUGAGCGUGAACAGUGCCUGA